UAAUGGGCUAAUUUGUAGCGAGCGCCUCGAGGAGCGGAGCAAGGUCGUUCUUCGUUUGAUGAGACGAACGGUGGAUAUGUGAGGUCCGGAUACCAUCCAAUUUCCAGCUCUCUCUAUAAACUCCCUUCUUUUUUUUUUUUUUGAAGGAUCUACCUGUCCUAUAAAUUUCCUUGCCGAGAAAGAAACUAAAAUCUCCCAAUUUCGCCCUAGCGGAUCGGAGGAUCUCCGGCAAGCUAGCGAGGCCAUGGCGCUGCCCGACGACGUGCUCGCGGCCGUUCUCCGGCGCCUCCCGCCGCGGGGCAUCGCCGCGCCCCGCUGCGUCUGCAAGGAGUGGCGCAGCCUCGUCGACGGCCGCCGCCUGCUGCGCGCGGACCUCCUCCCGCUCUCGCUGGCCGGCAUCCUCCUCAACUACGACAGCACCUGGUUCACGCAGUUCCUCUCCCGCCCCACCGCCGCCGCCGCCGUCUCCUGCCGCCUCGACUACACCGUGCCUCCGCCGCCUGCCUACAUCUACGUCAAGGACCACUGCAACGGCCUCCUCCUCCUGCUCCGCGAGGAGUGCCGCCUGGUGGUGGUUAACCCCGCCACGCGGCAGUGGGAGCUCUUGCCCCCGCCCCAUCACCAUCAUCAUCCCCUACCUCCAGCCAUGGGCUGUGGACUGUAACGAGAACGAGUACCUGGUGUUCGACCCCACCCGAUCUCCCAAUUAUGAGUUGUUCAUGGUGCCCAAGGUUCCUUACAAGCUGCGCGAGGAAGAAGAAUGCGAAUGGCCGCCGUCGACAUUGAUCCUGCCUGUGUUUUCAUCCAAGACUGGUUCUUGGGAGGAGAGGGCAUUUGAUCGGGAAGGGGAUGCUGCAGGGACGUUACCAGCCAUGGUUGGGUCAACUCCAUUUUGUGAUCAUCAGUGUGGCUACUGGCGAGGAGCACUUUACGUAUGCUUCUCCGAUUGCUUUGUCAUGAGGUACCAACUCGAAUCCACCCCUUAAGCAUGCAUGCAUUGUAUUAAUUGUUAUCCUGGUUUUGGUCUUGUGAGCUUUAAUUUGUGAUAUAUACACACACACACAUUCAAUAGUAUUACACCUAAGGAUAAAAUCUUAACCUCAAAUUCAUUAUAUUUUAGCCGUAACAAAAAAAAAUCUAACAGUUUUAAGAUUGUAAUUCUGUCAGAAUUUGUCUUUUUUUAUUACUCUCUAUAUAGAAUGAAUUUGAAGAUAUGACUUUGCACGUAAAUGUAAUACUAUUGAAAGUAUAUGUAUGAAUUUUUCUAGAAUUUUUGUGAUAAUUUUUAGUUGGUGUACACGGUGUGUAUAUAUGAGGGCAUGUGUGUAUAGUAUACGCUCCCAUACAUAUAAGAUCAUGUUAUUGUUGCAGAAUAUCACCAUCGGACAAUAAGUAUCGAGUAAUUAGAAUGCCCACGGAAGAUCCAGGAGAUACACAAUUUUAUCUAGGAAAAUCAAACAACGGGAUAUAUUGUGCAUCAUUACCAUCAUUUCUGAGGCCCCAAAUUUUGGUUUGGUUUCUUAACGAACGGUACUGUGGUCAAACCGAGUGGGUGUUGAAGCAUGAUAUGGACAUUUCCCACAUCCUGCCGAAUCUGAACUAUGAUGAGCAGCAGCGUGAUGGACCUUGGGUCUUACAACAUUAUAAUUAUAGACCUUUUAAUUUUAAUUAUGAUGAUGAUGAUGACGAAGACGAUGUGGAGCUCGAGCCAAUAGUGGAAGAGAAAUUCGAGAAAUUUGAGUGGGACUCUGACAAUGAUAAUGUUCUUGAGCCUGGAAGUAUGCGCGAGAAUUGCUAUAUCUAUUUCCUUGGAUUUCAUCCUUACAAAGAUAUCGUCUUCUUAGGUGAUGAAUUUGACAGAGUGCUAGCCUAUAAUUGGAGUAGCUCAAAGCUUCAGGAUUUGGGCAAAGUUUUCACAGAAUUUUAUAUUCGUCUUACUACAUACAGAUUGCAUUGU